AUGGCUUCCAAUUUUAAUGACAUUGUGAAGCAGGGGUACGUGAGGAUCCGGAGCAGACGCCUAGGGAUUUAUCAACGAUGCUGGUUGGUGUUCAAGAAAGCUUCAAGCAAGGGUCCAAAGAGACUGGAGAAGUUCUCAGACGAGCGUGCUGCAUACUUCAGGGACUGCCCUCAGGUUACAGAACUCAACAAUGUGAAAAAUGUAGCCCGAUUGCCAAAGGGCACCAAGAAACACGCUAUAGGGAUCUACUUCAAUGAUGACACCUCCAAGACCUUUGCUUGUGAAUCAGAUCUUGAGGCCGAUGAGUGGUGUAAAGUUCUCCAGAUGGAGUGUGUGGGGACCAGAAUCAAUGACAUCAGCCUCGGAGAGCCUGACUUACUGGCUACGGGGGUGGAACGAGAGCAGAGUGAGAGAUUCAAUGUGUAUUUGAUGCCAUCUCCUAACUUAGAUGUACAUGGCGAAUGUGCCUUGCAGAUAACAUAUGAGUACAUCUGUCUUUGGGACAUCCAGAAUCCCAGAGUCAAACUCAUCUCUUGGCCGCUAAGUGCCCUGCGGCGGUAUGGACGUGACACCACGUGGUUCACUUUUGAGGCAGGGAGGAUGUGUGAGACUGGCGAAGGGCUAUUUAUCUUUCAAACACGAGACGGCGAGGCCAUCUACCAGAAGGUCCAUUCUGCUGCCUUGGCCAUAGCUGAGCAGCAUGAGCGCUUGCUACAGAGCGUGAAAAAUUCAAUGCUCCAGAUGAAGAUGAGUGAGCGUGCUGCCUCACUGAACACCGUGGUACCCCUGCCCCGCAGUGCCUACUGGCAGCACAUCACGAGGCAGCAUAGCACAGGGCAGCUGUACCACCUGCAAGAUGUCACCAGCCCUCUGAAGCUUCAUCGGACAGAGACUUUUCCCACCUACCGGUCUGAGCACUGA